GGGAAAGCCGCCUUGACCGCCCGGGCCAUUUAAGGAACGAUCCACACCGCCCAUCGGGGAACCAAACAUUUCCAUCUUCUGCUCCUCCGCUGGUUCCCUGGAAUGCCCCGACUCUUACUUACUUAAUUAAUGAUGAACUAGGAGCUUCAGCCUUUCUAUUACAUUUAUAACCCGUCGAUUCUCCGAGAUACGACUCUACCGACUAGUGCUCUUUUCCCCGCUUAACGUGUCAAAUCCUUGAAGUGGACCCACCAAUCCUGGUGGUGAAGCCGAAACGUUUACCCUUCGUGAAAGGGUCCCGGGGGGUUGGGCAGCGCUCCUGGAUCGGACUGGGCUAAUCAAUCGUCAUUGCUCUCCGAUUUCUUCAUUUUGAUUUUUUGGCACUAGUUCUUUUUCGACGCUUCUUCCUUUCCCCUCCUUGAUUCGCCCAGACCCCGGACCGGGCUCGUGUGGGUGACCUCUCCAAUAAGAGCAGGGGGCACUAUCCGCAUUUUGGCAACUUCACACGCGCCACCACAUGAAACAUCCUCGGCGAACCAACCCCCCCUUUUGAGCUAGAUACGAGUGUGUUACGGGUUCCUUCAUAAGCUGCAGGACGGCCGGACGCCGUCCGCGGAGAGUGAAAAGUUACAAUUGAAGAAAAAGGGGGACCUUUCAGCUUAGCUUCUGGGAGUGUACCACGCGGAACGACUGUCAAUAUGGGGGAUACCGCGCCUCGGCAGUCCUCAGGACCGGGUACGACCUGGAAUCAGUUUUCUUGGGUUUUGUUGACAGUGCAGUAUACCACUUUCGCACUGUUGUUGCACUACUCGAGGGUCAUGCCGCCGACGGGCGGCAAACGGUAUCUCACGUCCACCGCCGUCUUCUUCAAUGAGGUCGUGAAGCUAGGAAUAUCCUUGACGAUGGCACUAUACGAAGUCUCGCGAUCCGCGCCUCCGACUGUCCCCGCAACGUCCCUCCUCUCCUCCCUGGCCUCCGCCGUCUUCUCCGGUGACAGCUGGAAGCUGGUGAUUCCGGCCUGUCUCUACACACUCGCCAAUUCCCUGCAGUACAUUGCGCUGUCGAAUCUGCAGGCGGCGACCUUCCAGGCGACCUAUCAAUUGAAGAUGAUUGUGUCUGCGAUCUUUGGCCUGCUGUUGCUCAAGAGGUCGGUGUCGCCGCGCAAGUGGGGGUUACUGCUGCUUUUGCUCGUGGGCGUCUGUCUUGUUCAAAUGCCCGAUGGUAGCUCCGAUGUGGCGUCUCUGGGCGACGAAGCUGCGCAGCAUGCCUUUCCCCGGUCCUUCGAGGAGUGGAAAGCCGCGAAAUCGCACCACGGGGGUCUACACAAACGGUCCGCGACAUACGAAGGCAUCGAGGAAGACCUGCAGACGGCCAACCCGCGCAUGAACGGCGCUAUUGGCCUCCUGGCCACCGUCGGGGCCAGUGUCGCAUCCGGCCUGGCAGGUAUCUAUUUCGAAAAGGUGUUGAAAGACAGUGCCAAAAUGACUUCGCUUUGGAUUCGUAACGUGCAAUUAGCGGUUUACUCUGUCUUCCCGGCGCUUUUCAUCGGGGUUAUAUUCCUGGACGGUGAAAAAAUCUCGAGCAACGGGGUUUUUGCAGGCUACAACUGGACCGUGUGGUCCUCGAUUGUCGUCCAAGCCGUUGUGGGUCUCACGACUUCGUUUUGCAUCCGCUAUGCCCACAGAGAUAUGCGGAACGUGGCCACCGCCACGAGUAUUAUCUUCACGACGCUGGGGAGUAGCUUGUUUUUUGACAUGGAAUUGUCCAGCACUUUCCUUGUUGGGACAUUUGGCGUUCUUGUCGCCACCUAUCUUUGCGAAGAUACAGGCCCUGUUCAUGGUCCGGGCAAGCGCCAGAGCGUUUCUCGCCCACCGCCGCUCGAGAUCGACCGGUACGAGAAAGACGCCAAAAGCAACACGACCUCACCGGCGUCGCCGGAGCCGAAAGAAUUCUCCAUCAAGCUCCCCACGACGCCGUUUCUGACCGACUCAGGCGUGUCGACGUCUCGGCCUACCUCGCCGGGCUACGCGGGAGUCAGUACCUCGCGCACUGUGAGCAGCGGCAGCUACUUCGACAAGCAUUGACGAGAUCAGUGAUUUGACGAGAUGGAUACGAACUUGCAUUUACCGUUUGAAUAUAACGUCCCACAUUGUACCAUGUCGCGUGCGGAGUAAAUAAGUAUAUGUUGAGGGGGGUGCUUCUUUCUUCAUCUAUUAUGCCGGCGUCUGUACUUCUAGUCUGUUCUCUGUGCAUUUUUGAUCAUGUGUUUUCUGAGCAUGCAUUAGGUAUCUUGAGAUAUCCUUCUUACAUAUGGGCUGUAUCAUAUCGGCGAUUGUUU